UUUCAGUUCUUUCCUUUUUUUUUUUUUUGUUCUUCAUUUCACCACUAUCCAAGAAAAAGAAAAAGAAAAAACUAGAGAGAAAAUAUCAUGGCUAGAGGAAAGAUCCAGAUCAAGCUGAUAGAGAACUCAACCAACAGACAGGUCACUUAUUCGAAGAGAAGAAAUGGUCUGUUCAAGAAGGCUAAUGAACUCACUGUUCUUUGCGAUGCAAGAGUUUCUAUCAUCAUGUUUUCCAGUACUGGAAAACUCCACGAGUUUAUCAGCCCUUCCACCUCAACGAAGCAAAUAAUUGAUCAGUACCAGAGAACCUUGGGGAUAGAUAUCUGGAAUACUCACUUCGAGAAAAUGCAAGAACAAUUGAAGCACCUGAAAGAGGUUAACAGGAAUCUGCGCAAGCAGAUCAGGCAAAGGAUGGGUGACUGUUUGAACGAUUUGAGCAUUAAGGAUCUUCGUGGUUUGGAGCAAGAGAUGGAGAGCUCUGCCAAGCUUGUUCGUGAGAGAAAGUAUCGUGUCUUCAGCAAUCAGAUCGAAACUUUUAGAAAAAAGAUGAGGAAUGAGGAAGGGAUACACAAAAAUCUGUUACAUGAACUGGAUGCAAUCAAAGAAGAUCCAUACGGGUUAGUUGAUAAUGGUGGGGAUUAUGAUACCCUAAUCGGAUACCAAAAUCGAGGUCCUCGUGUAUUUGCUUUAAGCCUACAGCCUAACCAUCCCAAUCUUCACAGCGCUGGAGGAGGAUCAGAUCUCACAACCUAUCCCUUGCUCCAUUAGCAUAUCUCAAAGCUAAGGUCAUGCCAUAUAUAUAUAUAUAUUGGUGUGAAAACAAAUUAAAAAUGGUGUGUACUAUUAAUUACUAAAAUUCUCUCCACUUUAUAAUUAUGUGGUUUUGAUGUUUCCUAAUAUAUUGAUGAUUAAGGAUUUAUAAGACUCUAUGUAUCAAUCUAUUAUUCAGUUAUUCUCAAUUUAUAUUUUCUUU